AUGAGCUCUAUAUUGGAGAGCGAGGCAGAAAGCAGUGCCAGUCAAUCGCAAUGUGAAAGUAGGAGUCAUAGCUUACUUCCAUCAUCAGAAUAUUGUAGUCAGCAUUCCCUUCAGAACCGUCUACAAGAAUACAACGAACAGUUAAAUAGACUACAAAUACCCUCAGUUAGCGAAGAUGAACUCCCGGUAACAGCUUCUGAAUUAAGUUUGAUUAAUGAUCGAGAUUCUCAAGAACUAAGACAGGAUGUUCCACUAAGUACUUCAGUUUACUUAGGUGGUGACCAUUCAGGUUCACCAUCGUCUGUAUCUUCACCGGUUGAAGAACAGAAAUCAGCACCGUACCCAGAGAAGAUAUCUAUUAGAUUCCAAUCAAUAGGUUCGCUUGCUCAGAUAGAUCCUCAAGUAUGCAAGAUUAGCAGCUCACAAGCUUUUAGUGUUGCUAUACUGUUUUUAAAGCGGAGAUUAAGGUUAAAUGAGGUACACUGUUACAUAAGUAACUCAUUCGCACCAACUCCAUUACAAAAUAUAGGUCAAUUAUGGAGUCAGUUUAAGGUUAAUGAUGAAUUGGUAGUGUCCUAUUGCGCUACAGUAGCAUUUGGAUGA